AUGCCUCGAAAGCUUGACAGCGAGAAGUGCCAGCUUUGUAGACAACACAAGUUGAAGCCCCGACUGUGGCCGCAAAAGUGUGAUCGGUGUUUGUCAAAGGGCCUGGAGUGCUCGCCUGGGGAGAUCAAGCGGCGUGUCAGACGACCGGUCCUGGAGGAGGAGGAGGAUGAGGAGGAGCAAAACGAUGUUGCCUUCGAUAUCUCAAGCGCACCGGCGAUGCCGCGAAAUAAACACAAACCCCCUCGCGAGACUUGGGGCACUGAGGAUGUCAUGAACAUCCUCACCGUCGUCCAGCUCCUGAACGGCGAGUAUGAGAUACACCACAGUCAGAGAACACUACUAGCUCACAUUUUCUAUCCUCAAGCAUCGUUUGAGGGUAGUCUCCUUGGGGACAACCCUGCAUCCGGCGGGCAGCGGCCGGUCCCCUACGUCUCAAGCUUGCAUCAGAGCCUGCCCCUGCUCAAAGACAAGCUGUCCCUUGCCUUCAAAGCUGGCCUCGGGCAAGAGGGUCUUUCUCCGGUUGACAGAACAGUUCUCGAAACUGCUCUAGUGGAUCUGCACACCGAUCUGCCGCGACUUCCGACGAUGGCCGGCCAAGAUAGCGUGAGAUCGCCUAGUCGGGCGCAUCUCUGUGACCUGCUCCUCGAGGUGAGAUCCCGAGGCUCGGAGCGGAUUCCGCUGAAUCUACUCGUUGUUCUGGCCAGCGAUAUGUAUUCAGAGAACCUAGUGAGAAAGUUCGGUCUGUACCACUGGUCCCUCGUCGAGCAGGGAUUCGGUCUCGAAUGGGCGAAGUUGCUCGGCUACUCCGUCCUCGCGUCGUUGCUCUUCGAAAGCGGCGAGCACUACCGCGAGGCAAGGUCCUAUGUCAAGAUCUGGAUCCACGACGUCGUCGCGAGAGACGGCAUGGGAAUUGGCCUCACAGCAAAUGACCUUGCUUCUUUCCCGUCGCAGUCAUGGUCCCUCGAUAGCGUGGCCUUCCUGACUGACGAGGUCGGACUAAACGAGAAGGAUAACCAAGGGCUCUCGCUAAUCCACGCCGCGAUCCUGGACCGAAGGCCGGACAUUGUCCGUGAACUAGUUUUACGGGGCGCAAGGGUAUCUCAUCGGAUCCGAGGGAAACGGUUCUCUCUCUUCCACUUCGCAGCAGCGGUCGGGUGCCAAGAUUGUUACCUCGAGCUGCGCGGUCACCCGGACCUCGCGCCGGCGGAGGAGACCCGGGACCGGGACGGCAUGUUGCCGCUGCACGUCGCUGCGCUGCGCGGCCAUACUCGCGUCGUGGAAGCUAUCUUGUCGGCCAACUGUCACGACGCAGAGUAUGUCAACCGCGAGACGUCGCAGUCGGGACAGACUGCGUUGUCUCUGGCCAUCGACUAUCCAGAAACAAUCGACACGGCCGAGUUUCUCGCGGGUUAUGCCGGUGUCGACUUUGUGGUUGAUCGAGGCAUGAACCAGACGGCACUGCACGUGGCGGCGUCCCGCAUGAAGUCCUCCCUUUCUCGCACCCUCCUCUCCAUUGUGCCUGGGAGGCUGAUCAACGCGAGAAACGAGAGCGGGGAGACGCCGCUGCACAUGCUUGCUCGUUACGGCGACCAGGAGACAUUGGAGGCGGCCCUGGAUGUUCCGGGGGUCGAGCCGGACCUCGAGGCGGGAGAUGGUUAUACGCCCCUCGUCAAUGCCGUAAUGGAGGCGAGGGCCGAUGCGGUGAAAAUGUUGGCGGUUCGUGGGGAUGUCAAUGUCGCAGCGUUACGGCGACCACUAGAGCCGCUUGGAGUAUCUGCUCUCGAUUAUGCGAAGCAAAUUGUAGAGAGAGAUGGCAUUCACGUGGAGCAUGCAAAGGUGCUGAGAUUCUUGCGGGAGAACUUCGCAGAGCUUGCGGAUAACCUCAGCGGUUGCUCGGCGUCAGAAGGACUGGGGGGUGGGACAUGA